AUGUUCUCAGUGCAGCUGACUCUUGGAGAACAGACCUGGCAGUCUGAAGGGAGCAGUAUAAAAAAAGCCCAACAUGCUGCUGCCAACAAAGCCUUGAGAGAAACUACCCUUCCCAAACCAACUCCUAGACCACCCAAAAACAAUAUUAAUAGUAAUCCAGGCAGUAUAACUCCAACAGUGGAACUAAAUGGUCUUGCCAUGAAAAGGGGAGAGCCUGCCAUCUACAGGCCUUUAGAUCCAAAGCCAUUCCCAAAUUACAGAGCAAAUUACAACUUUCGGGGCAUGUACAAUCAGAGGUAUCAUUGUCCAGUGCCUAAGGUUUUUUAUGUCCAAUUAACUGUCGGAAACAAUGAAUUCUUUGGGGAAGGAAAGACUCGUCAGGCUGCUAGACAUAAUGCUGCAACAAAGGCUCUUCAGGCUCUACAGAAUGAACCUAUCCCGGAGAAAUUACCUCAGAAUGGAGAAUCAGGAAAAGAAGUAGAAGAAAAAGAUGCAAAUAAAUCUGAGAUCAGCUUAGUUUUUGAAAUUGGAUUGAAACGUAACAUGCCUGUCACUUUUGAGGUCAUUAAGGAAAGUGGACCUCCACAUAUGAAGAACUUUGUUACCAGAGUAUCAGUAGGAGAGUUCUCUGCAGAAGGAGAGGGAAAUAGCAAAAAACUCUCAAAAAAACGUGCUGCAAGUUCCGUAUUACAGGAACUAAAAAAGCUCCCACCUCUUCCUGUGAUUGAAAAGCCAAAAUUAUAUUUUAGAAAACGUCCUAAAACAAUAUUAAAGGCUGACCCAGAAUAUGGUCAAGGGAUGAAUCCUGUUAGCUGCCUGGCUCAAAUUCAACAAGCCAGAAAGGAAAAGGAACCAGACUAUGCCCUUCUGUCUGACAGAGGAAAGUCUCGCCGGAGAGAGUUUUUGAUACAGGUUAAGGUUGGCAGUGCAGUUGCGACUGGAAUAGGCCUUAGUAAGAAGAUAGCUAAAAGAAAUGCAGCAGAAGCAAUGUUGUUACAUCUUGGAUAUAAAACCUCCAACCCUAUACAGGAACAGCUUGAAAAGACAGUGGAAAACAAGGAAUGGAAUAGUCAAAAGAUUGGAUUUCCUGAAGCAACAAGUAAUACUCCAAAGGGAAUUCUCCAUUUGUCUCCUGAUAUUUAUCAAGAGAUGGAAGCAAGCCGCAACAAAGUAGUCUCUGACUUUGCAGUCAGCUAUUUGUCAUCCAGCGAAAUGAGCCAGCCUUCAAGCUCCUUCUUCAGCCUCUCUCCACCAUCUAAUAGCACUACUAGCAUUGCCAGGGAAUUCCUAAUGAAUGGGACAUCUCCGACAACCGAAGCCAUAGGUCUGAAAGGAAAUUCUCCUACUUCCCCCUGUCCUAUAAUGCAGCCUUCAAGACAACUGGAAUAUUUAGCAAGGAUUCAAGGCUUUCAGGCUGCUUUAAAUGCCUUGAAACAAUUUUCAGAGCAAGGUCUUGACCCACUAGAAGGAGCAAUAAAAAUUGAAAAUGGACCUUUCGAACAACAAGCCAAGCAUCUGGGAGAGAAAGCAGACAAUAAACAGACUAACUCAGGCACCAUGGCUCAUGACUGCAAGGAUUCAAAGGCUGUCGUCUAGGAGCUUCCCAGCACCCACGGCUGCCACUGCAUCCUUAUAAACCUGUCAACACGCAAUAGGGUGUAUGUGUUCAAGGAAAUGAAUGACUAAUACCAUUAUUUGAGUCCUAUGUGAAGACAACACUAUUCUAGCAUAAGAGAUAAUAUACAUGGUACUGUUUAUUCAA